CUCUUCUUCAUGCACCUUCUGCCUAAUUUUGCUGAAUGCUGGUGGGAUCAAGUCAUUUUGGACGUCCUGCUUUGUAACGGGGGUGGCAUCUGGUUGGGCAUGGUAGUUUGUCGUUUCUUGGAGAUGAGGACCUAUCACUGGGCAAGCUUCAAGGACAUUCACACGACCACAGGGAAAAUCAAAAGAGCUGUAUUGCAGUUCACCCCAGCCAGCUGGACCUAUGUACGCUGGUUUGACCCUAAGUCUUCAUUUCAAAGAGUGGCUGGAAUCUACCUUUUCAUGAUCAUUUGGCAGCUGACUGAGUUGAACACAUUCUUUUUGAAACAUAUCUUUGUGUUCCAAGCAAGCCACCCUUUAAGCUGGGGGAGAAUUCUCUUCAUAGGAAUCAUUACAGCACCUACUGUAAGGCAAUACUAUGCGUACCUCACAGAUACACAGUGCAAAAGGGUGGGAACUCAGUGCUGGGUGUUCGGGGUUAUUGCUUUCCUUGAAGCUAUUGUGUGCAUAAAGUUUGGACAGGAUCUUUUUUCCAAAACACAAAUACUGUAUGUUGUGUUUUGGCUUCUCUGUGUGGCCUUUACAACUUUCCUGUGUUUAUAUGGUAUGGUUUGGUACGCAGAAUACUAUGGCCUCCGAGAAAAGACUUUAUCAGAAAGUGAAGACAGCCCAUACAGUCCAGAUGCAUCCUGGCUUCAUUCUAAAUUUGGUAGAGGUGCUGACAAUAGCCCACCAAAACAUUCAGUCAAUAGUGAAAGCCAUUCAUCUAGAAGGAGGAAUCGGCACUCCAAAUCAAAAGUAACGAAUGGAAUCGGCAAGAAAUAAGAAUUGUCUCUGAAGAUGUCCUACAGUGUGACCAGAGGUGAAGAAAAUCAGACCUGGCUCUGAAUUUCCAAUUGGAAGAUUGAUUUUUAAGUUUAAAAGUUAAAAAAAGAUGUUGAAGAAAAGGAUGAUCAAGAUGGAGCCACCAGUGUAGUGCAAAUCAUUGCCUGCUGACACUUGCCAUUCACUGAUUUAAAUCUAGUUUCUUCGGCAUGUGGCACCAAAAGCUAAUGAAGAGUAUGCUGGAAAGAAAAGUAAUUUUGUCAUAGCAGGUACACCCGAUUUUAUGU